UCUUAUAUUGGCACAUCAUUGUUUCUUUUUUUAAAUAUUUUACCAUCUUCACAUAAAUGUAAUCAUUUUUCUCAUUUGCUGUCGUUUAGUUACUCAUCUUAUUUCAUAUUUGUCUCUCGUUGAAAGGAUAUGGCAAACGCAAAAAAUACUGAAAAAAAUGCUUUCACUUUUAUAUGGAAAAUUGAAAAUUUCAAUUACUACGUACAUGAAGAGAUGUCUUCGCCUGCAUUUUUUGUCCAUUCGAUAGACAGUGAAUUCGUCGUAGAAUUGUUCUGCGAUAAUCAUCAGUCCGAUGAAAGUAUGAUAGCUUGUUAUCUAAAAUUAGUGCGUGCGUUGAAUUGUGAAAGUUCAUUUAUUGAAUUAGAUUUUGAAUUUUCAAUCCUUGCCAUAGAUGGUUCACCACUGAUUUCUAAAGAAAAGGUCAAAAAACAAUUUAAAGAAGGUAAACGUCGGGGAUUCUGGGACUUCAUACCACUACAUUAUGUUGCCAAGAACCGAACAAUUGUGUUUUUGCCACAGGGCACCCUCACCUUACAAUGCAAGAUUUGGAAAACGGAAGGGGAAAUGUCUGAAACUGCUGUUUGUUUUGCAAGAACUCGAAUAGGCAUUGAGCAGUCAUCCUUUGUUUGGCCCAUAGAAGAAUUCAGUGCUUUUAAGGAAGGUUUUACAGUGCCUUAUUCAGUCCGAAAGGCAUCUGAACAAGAUCCUUCCAUUUCGCUGAAUUUCCAGUUAGCGACAGCUUCAUCGGAAGGUAAGAAAUUUGAAUUAGAAUUUACUCCAGAAAACGUACCUCAAAUGAGUACCGACAAGAAUAGAAAAGAUUCCAGCAAUAAAACAGGAUUUUAUGAUUUCAAAUUAUCCUUUUUAAAUGCCUCAGGGGUUGGAAAGUUUCAUCAAGAGAAAAACAGACUAGAAAGUCACAAGAUUUACAAAUUACGAGUUUUGAUCACAGAAGAUUUGCUGAACGUUAAAAAUGGCUUCUUGGUGGACGAUGCUCUUUCUUUGAAAUGCCACUUUACGUUUUAUAAAGGAAUCAUUUCCGAAGAGAUCGAGAGGACACUCUACGGAUCGGCUGCAAAAUCGGAUAUCCUUGAUUCCCGUCCUGUUGUCCUGUAUCAUGAUAGCUUGAGUGCUUGCAUAUCAUCGUUAAAAGAUAUGUACAAAUUUUUAUAUGACGCACAAAUGUUUUGUGACGUGAAACUGCGAACAGGACCUUGUUGCUUUUCUGUACAUAAAAGCAUUCUUAGUGCUAAAUCAGGAGUGUUCGAAUCCAUGUUUGAAGUUGAAAUGAAAGAUGACAUCUUAGAAAUUUUGGAUGUGGACCCAGAGACCUUACGUAAAGUAAUUAAUUACAUGUACACCGAUACCAUUGAUGACAUGCAGUUGGAGAACAUUUACCGAUUGUAUGAGGCUGCCAAGAAAUACAAGAUCUUCACUCUACAGAAGAAAUGCACUUUAAUUUUAUCAGAAAAUCUGAACAAACAUAAUGCAUGCGAGAUGUUAGGCUUUGCCGACAAGCACGAAGACAAGAACUUUAAAUCAUUUGUUCAGGAUUUCAUACUGAAACACAAAGAAGAAGUAACUGGAUCGACUGCAUGGAAAAUUCUGGAAAAGAGAAAUACAGUUCUAGCAGAAGAAAUAUAUCGUCUCAUGUAAAGGAAACAAGCUUGGUAAAGUAAUUCCAUCCUUGCAUCGACUGCAUGUAAAAAUGUUGAUUUUAUAUUACUGUGGAUGAACUAGACAAUGGUCUAAAAUGUGUUGAUUUUAAACAUGUAACAGUUAUGAAAUGUAUUGUUUUUAGCUGACAAAGUGUAUUAAAUAAAGUUUUU